AUGGGACGCAUUCGUCUUACUGGAAUGCAAAAUGAUCCCCGUGUUUCCAUUGCUGCUGUCAUUGAUUCAAAUGCUACUACUGGAAAAUUGGAAGAAUUAAGUAAUCAAUACAAUGUUAAUUGUUUUUCAAGUCUUGAGGAAGCUGGUGAUGCUCUGAAGAAAAAAAAUAUGAUCAUAGACGGUGUCUGGAUCUCGACGCCCACACCUACGCACUUGGAGCUUGUUAUUGGCUGUGUAACAGGAUUAUUGGGCUCUCAGGUGAAAGCUAUUGGGAUUGAAAAACCAGUUGCUGCUUCGAUCAAUGAUAUUGAUACGGCGUAUCAAAUUUGCCACCAGAACGACGUUAAACUCUUUUGUUCCUUUCAAAGGAGAUUCGAUCCAAGCUACGAAGCUUUACGGGUUCAAUGUGUCGACGAUAAGAGCUUGGGUAAGCUCCAAUCCAUUCAUACAGUGUUUCGUGACCAUCCGUGUCCACCUGUAGAGUUUCUGAAGACAGGAGGUGACCCGUUUCAUGACCUUGCUGUACACGAUAUUGACUAUGUAUGCGAUCUUGUCGGUGAAUACCCGGCCAAAGUCUACGCACAUGGAACAAGUUUGUCGGCAGAAUUGAGAGAGCUCAAUGUGAUGGAUAAAGCUAGUGUAUGGCUAGAAUUUGCCAAGUCUGGCGUAGUUUGCACCAUGGAUCUUAGUCGGAGUGCCAAGUACGGCUACGAUCAGCGUAUUGAAGUAGCGGGUGAGCAUGGCAUGAUACAAGUGCAGAACCUGAGCAAGACUGCCAUGGUGCAGUCCACCAAGACUGGGAUUACUGCUGAUACAUUGCGACACUCGUUCCCGGAGAGAUUUUCCGAGGCGUAUUUGCUUGAGCUCGAUAGUUUUAUCGAAGUUGUAAGGGGCAACGCCAACCCUCGUGUGCACUGGGGUGCGUCGCGUAUGAAUACCAUCAUUGCUGAAGCCGCACGCAUUGCAGCAGUUGAAAAGAAGGUCGUCACGAUCAAGUAUAGCAAAACAAAGCAAACGGCACCUAGAUCCGACCCGAUCAUAGAGUCCGAGUACGUGUUCUAA